GUAUAACCGGUGUGACAAUAAACAAGAAAAAAGGAGUGCAAGAAUAUUAUAACUAAAAAUAGCUUUUCAAGGUGUUACAUUUAUAGCUAUAAAACAUUUAAAAUAAGUAGAUUUGAAAUAAAAAAAAAAAUGGCUUCUGUCCAUAUUUGUUUUUCAUUUUUAAAAAUAUAAACAAUGAAUAUAUAAAGUGAUAAAAUAGUGUAAAUGUAUAGUUUCUGUGUCCUUAAACUGAUUGGUGUCCAAACAUAAAGCGUGUUACGUCAUGACGUUGCGCCGUAGCCGCGUCAUCGCAGUCUCCGCCCUCCUGAGAGGAAAGCGCACAUUCCUAUUGUCCAAGAUGGCGGCGUAGCUGCAGACCCUCCGAGGCUGGCAUGUUUUUAAACGAGUUUAUGCUUUUAUUUCGACACAUAUGCAACUAUUCAGCUUGCGGGGGUGGUAGCGUUUCUUCACCGAAGCUGUCGUCUGCCACGUUGUUCUGCUAACACCCCUUUAAUUCGCCUCCAGAGCCGGAUUAGCUCCGUUUGAAAGGCGACGAAAAGUUUGAGCUCCAUCAUCAUCCCCUUGUUGGAGGAGAAGAUGAAGAGGCAGGCCGGGAGAGAUAGCAGUCCGUCCAGGGCCGUCUCCAAACGGAUGCGGGAGAGGGAGCGAGAGAGUAGCCGGAGAGGAGAGGAGCUACCACCACCUCCUCCUCCACCUCCUCUGGCUAUGCUGCUGGCGGAGAGCAGCCGGGGAUAUCACCGCCGGAGCCGCAGCAGAGAGCGCGAGAAGCCGCGGCUCAGAGAGGAGCGAGCGGCCGCCGCCUUGGAGCUCCACCACCGGCACGAGCUCAGCCUCCUCGGUCGUCCUCCGCUCCGGACCACCUCCUCCUCCUCCUCCUCCUCCUCUGCUGCUGCUGCUGCUGCUGCUGUGGUGGAGCUCCCGACAGCCAGGCCCGGCACUCUGGAGUACAAAACCCUGCUCAUCAGCAACCUGGGCUCGCAGGUGUCGGACGAGGACGUGGAGGACGCGCUGUUUCACGAGUUCAAAAAGUUCGGCGACGUCAGCGUGAAGCUGUCGCACACGCCGGAGCUGGGAAGGAUCGCGUACGUGAAUUUCCGGCAUCCUGAGGACGCCAAAGAGGCCAGGCACGCCAAAUCCUCCAGGUUGGUGCUGGGUGACCGACAGCUUAAGAUUGAGCCCAUGUACGUGAGGAGGAGGAGUGUGACGCCGCCGGAUGCUGGGUAUUUACCUCUGCACGCACCGUACCCUUACAGACAGAGGUCUAUUUCACCUCCAGGUCCAGCUGCGACUAAUAUUAGAGACAUCAGAGCAAGACACUACGCCCUGGAGACCCUGGGUCUCAGCAGAGAGAGGGAGAGGCUGCUGGAUUACUAUGGCAUGCUGGAUGAGAGAGGUCGCCCUUAUGGCUUCACACCAAUGCCAGUGGUGGAGGAUUUAAAACCUGAGGAUGAUCAGAGGGCGACCAGCAACCUUUUCAUUGGCAAUCUGGAUGGUAAUGUUACAGAAGCAGAACUGAGGAGGGGGUUUGACAAGUAUGGCAUCAUUGAGGAGGUUGUGAUUAAACGCCCGGCUCGUGGACAAGGUGGGGCGUAUGCUUUUGUGAAGUUUCAGAACCUGGACAUGGCCCACCGAGCCAAGGUGGCCAUGCAGGGACGUCUCAUGGGAGGCAAUCCGAUAAAGAUUGGCUAUGGGAAAGCGAACCCCACCACACGGCUCUGGGUUGGUGGUCUUGGGCCCGGGAACUCCCUCGCCGCCUUGGCUCGGGAGUUCGACCGCUUUGGAAGCAUAAGGAAUAUCGACUACGUUAAGGGAGAUAGUUUUGCUUACAUUCAGUAUGAAAGUUUGGACGCUUCCCAAGCUGCCUGCACCCAGAUGAGGGGGUUCCCUUUAGGUGGCCCCGAGCGGCGUCUGAGGGUGGACUUUGCUAAAGUUGAGGAGAGCCCCGCUCGGCCAUUUCCCACUGCUUACCAGACCCCUGUCGCAGCCCCCUCCCACUAUGAGCUCCUCGGGGAGGCCUUCAGCCGCCAUCGCAGCCUGGAGCGAGAGCUGAGGGGAGCCAGGGACCGCUCGUCGCCGCCCUCCCACAGCCUCAUCUCCCAGAGGGAGAGAGACAGGGCCCUGCUGGAGAGAGACUACCCAACCAGCCCCACCCGUAGCCUGGAGAGGAGAGUGGGAGGUGUGGAGGCGUUUGGGAGGAGCGGGAGAGGAGCGAGGAGCCGCAGCAGGAGCAGGGAGCGGUGGCUGAAGGAGAGGGAUGAGAGGAGGAACAGGAGGAGGAGCAGGAGUCCGUCCACUGACAGGGUGACAGAGGAGAGGGAGAGAGAGAGGGAGAAGGAGAGGGAGAGGGAGAGGGGGAGGUCGAGGGUUCGGGGUCAGGGUCAAGGUCAGGGAGGGGUGGCUGUCUCUCCGGAUGCGAGCCCAGACCGAGCGCGGGUUCGAGCUCCCGACUCCACCACAGAGCCGAGAGACCACACCCCUGAGAAUGGAGGGGGGCGACACUCUGCCAACAACAACAACGACGAAGAUCCACCAUCCGGCCGCCACCACAGCAAGAGGUCCAGCGAUCACCUCAACAAUCAUCACCAUCGAAACAGCGAGGUCAUUGCCGCCGUCUCUCCCGCGAUCCACACAGACACCCACACCUCCUCCUCUCCCAGCACGUUGUCAGAGUUCGCCCAGGCCUCGCUCUCCAAAACGUGGCACGGCUUCUUCGCUCUGAAGAACAGCAGCUUCCCCACGGAGCUGUACAUGCUGGAGGGGGGCUCCGCAUUCUUCAACACGGUGAUGAAGGACACCCUGAAGCUGCAGAGCCAGAACCAGCCCAGCCAGCUUAAGAUCGCCCAGAGGCUCCGCAUGGACCAGACCCGACUUGACGAGGUGUCGCGCCGCGUCAAACUCGGGCGGCCUGACGGGUUUGCCAUCCUGUUGGCUCUACAGGGCCCCAUCGACCGCCAGGCCCCCGCCCCCGAGCCGGGGCUGCAGGCUCGCCUGCUCCGCCACCUGGUGACCUACCUGCGGAACAAGGAGGCAGCCGGAGUCGUGAGCCUGCCCACCGCGAAAGAGGGGGGGCCUGGGGCGAUGCUGUACGCCUUCCCUCCUGGUGUGUUCUCACAACAAUACCUGCAGGCCGCCAAAAGGACUGUGGGUAAUCUGGACGAGGAGCACAUGGUUAUUGUGAUCGUCACUGACACUAAUUGAUUAUUACACUGAGGAGUACAUACACGUACAGACACUUCCAGGCAUGCACACACACAGAACGAGCUGAGAGGAAAACUCGCUCGACUACAAAUACUUCCAAGUUGUUUUUAAAAAGAUGCAUUUUAUUGUUUUAUUUAGUAUCUUAUAAAUGAAACACAGCAAAGUACACUACAUCUCUCCCUAACCCUCUCUUCCUCCUUUAUUACUUUAUGUCUCCCCCUUAUGGAGUCAGAUCUCAAUAUUAAUGAAUGCACACAGAAAGAUUCACACAUGUAUUUUGUGAUUUAUAUAUAAAUAACUCUCCACGAAAAUAUUUUUCAAUGUACACAAAAAUAGUUAUUGUAUAUAAAUGUAAAAAAAAAAUCCACAUCAGGAUCACGGGUAUAUUUCUGAUGCAAACGCAAUAAUUCUUGUUUUAAAUAAAGGUAAUAAAAAUCCACAAAUGUAUAUGUUUUUAAAAGUAUUUGCAAUUUUCAUCAAAAACAUAUUUGGAUGUUGUUACAUUUAUAUAUAAUCUGUUGAAACUGCAUUUACAAACU